AUGUCAAAUAUGACUUCCACUUGCAAGAACAUCUUGAUGUAUGUCGACCAUUUUAAUUUCCUUGAAAGUCAGACACAAGUUAAACAUUCUAGCUCUGAGAGGAAGUCUAAGUGUGCCGAGAAGACAAGCAAGGGUUCCCAUGAAGCCAUUCAGAUAGAAGAUGGUGGUGUCCAGGACUUAGGUGCACAUAAAGAUUCUGAAGCAGAUUCUGACUUUAUUGAUAGUAACUAUGAGCUAGACAUCGAUGACGACGACUUAUUUGGUCAAAAUGUGGAUGACAUUAUAACAGAUGAAGAGGCCAACACUAAAGGAAAUGAGGUUGCUAGUGAAGAUGAGUUAGAGGAAGACAAUGGUGAAGAUGCCGUGGUGGGGUCAGAUAUCAAUUUGCCUACAACUGAUGAUGGUGCACACACAGUGAAGUUCAAUUUCAAGACUUUUAGGGCAGAUGUUGACAUGGUAGCACCGGUGUUUAAGCUAGGCAUGGUGUUUGCAAAUGUUGAGGAGUUAAGGAAGGCAAUCAAUGCAUACAACAUUAGGGAAAGAAGAAAUCUUAGGAAAGAGAGAAAUAAGAAAGAUAGGCUAGAAGUGUAUUGCAAUGGUGAUUGUCCAUGGAAGCUUAAGGCAGCCUUUGAUAAUAGGAGCAGGAGCAUGCUCAUCAAAGAGUAUGUUGACACCCAUACUUGCAACAAAAUUUGGAAAAUUAAGGCUUUAACCGCUUCUUUUCUAUCAAGGAAGUACAUUGACAUGUUCAGGGACGAUGAGAAAAUGAGCUUAAAGACUUUUGCAGCUAAGGUGCAAAGGGAGUACAACAUGACCCCUUCUAGACACAAGUUAGGGAGGGCAAGAAAGGAAGGUUUGCGUAUAAUUCAUGGAGAUGAAGAAAGACAAUAUAAUCAGCUUUGGGACUAUGGCCAAGAGCUAAGAAAAUCCAAUCCUGGAAGUACAUUCUUCCUCACAUUGAAGGCACUACAACAUCCUAGAACUGGAAUGGUGAUGGAGCAUUUCAAUACACUAUAUUACUCACUAAUGCAUGUAAGAGAGGUUUUCUGA